UCUUCAAUAUACCAUCACAAAGCCCACGAAUAGCUGCUGUCCUAUGCGUCACCUAUGCGCUUUGAUUACCUUUAGGCAAAUUACCUAGAUAUUUGGUUGUGAAAAACAACAAUGUCGGACAUGAUUAAACAUGAAGAUACGGCUGCAAUCGUCAAGAGAUCACCCGGUUAUAAUGUUUUAGUGUGGUUUAUGGUACUGACAUCAGCAGCACACCAAGUAGGCCAUGUUUCCAGCGGUUCAGCAGUUGCACACCCAGGCCCUGGCUCAGGUCCCCUGCACAACUCCACUGCCCUCUGGGCAGUGCACUCGGUCAGUGCCAUAGCACCAGUUCGCUGUCUGCCCGGCUGGCGGCGCCACCGGCGCAGCUGCUACCGUGCUCUGACGGUCACCCCUGUUCGGUACGACGAGGCGCGGGAGCGGUGCCACCAACUCGACCCGGCCGCAGACCUGCCUAUCACCAGGGACCUCGGGGAGGUCGAAUUCGUGCAAGGCCUGGCGGCGCCGCCUGAGCGGCCCACGGCUGUGUUUCUGGGUGCCACUGACCGCCAGACCGAGGGUCAGCUUCUGUGGCACGACGGCUCACCCGUGGCGCUGGACAACAGCGUCUGGGCCAGCCACGAGCCGACCAACAGCAGCCGCCAGAACUGCCUGCUGCUCAUGACACAGCUGGACAGAGCUGCUGGACGAGCCGUGUUCUCUGCUGGCGACACCAGCUGCAGCACCGCCACCUCCACUGUAGUCUGCCAGAUGCCCUUCUCCGUGCUGGCGCUGCCCGUCAGGACGCCGGAAAAUGAAACAGAUGAAAUGGCGUCACUGAAGAAGAACAGGACAGGAUGUGACCAUUAUGGCUCGGUGCGGUUCGGCGGCUCAUGUUACCUGUAUCAGGACGACUACUUGACCCAGCCGGAGGCCGAGCGGCUCUGUCGACGCCGCGGCUUCAGACUGGCCAGCGUGGAGUCACAGACCGAGAACGACUUCAUCAGGAAGCUGAUUCUGGACGUGGCCUGGCUGGGCGGCCAGCUGCGCGGCCGGCGCUGGCGCUGGUCGGACGGCCGGCCGCUGCUGUUCACCCGCUGGGCGGCCGCCAGCGCCUUCUUUCACCAGCAGCCCGACGGCCGCAGCCGGGAGCGCUGCCUCAACAUGCUGAGCUCGGUCCGAAGCGGCUGGGUCGGCGACAAACAGUUGGCCGGAGACGGGUACUGGGCCGAUAAUGAGUGCGCCGUCCGCUGGCCCUCCGUCUGUGAGAUCCCGGCCACUGCGUGAGAAACCAGAGACGAUUCACGAAGAACCGGACUCACGGAUGAAGCUGAGACAGCUCGGAUGUGGUUAGGGAUGUGAUGUCAAUAUGUGCGUUGUGCGUGGUGGCCGAGAAUUGACUCAUUGGUCAGUGGUCACUGAUGGAUCUACGAAUCGCUGUCUCCUAACUAAGGCGGUGACCCGUUGUGAAGGCGGCAAGGUGUCGUCAAAGGCUGGCUACUGCAGCGGCAUGCAUUAUGCGAAGGGAUGCCAUCUGCCUGGUGAGUGUGAAACUUCAUGUGAUGUUCAAUAUGAUGUGCCGAGUUAGAACACUCGAUGACAAGUGAAACGCUUAUUUUUAUAUGCAGAUUACGAUAUUUAGAUGAGAGUGAGCAUAUGUCCACUUGCUUCUCAAAUCAUAUCAUGCCAGAAGAUAGUUUAAGUUUGCCAAUCACACUAUCUUCGGUAUAUUUGUGUAAUUAUGCCGACUGGAAGUCAUUACAAGCCUGUUUCUAAAUGAAUUAUGAUACCACUCACGGCCUUGCACCACUCACAUAAAGCACAUUGGAAAAACCUCUUACAUUAAAAAGUGCAGUGCCAGUGGAGGCUGUGUGCUCGGUCGAGUCGGCUGUAUCAGAACUGCGCCGCGUCUCCAAUAACCAACAGCCCGCCCAUGUUCUCGUUGCACCAUAACACAAGCACCGAACCAUUACCAAAUACCCACAAAUAUUGUACUCGUAAAACAUACACA